CUGCCCGUCCCUCCGAUGUCCCCAGAAGUGGCCAGCGGCCUGUAUCUCGGCACGGAGGCCGUCCUGUUUUAUUCCUGCACCCUCCCCGGACCCUCCACCUUUUCCAGGGCAGCCUGUGCAGUCCGUUUUGCCCUGAAGCCUCAGUAUUCUGCACAGAGCACCUGCUGGUGCAGGAAAAAUGAUGACGUGGACGCAACUGUUGUUGUUGAGAAGGACCAUUUCAUGGAUGAUUUCUUCCAUCAGGUUGAGGAGAUUAGAAACAGUGUAGCUAAAAUAGCUCAGUAUGUUGAAGAAGUAAAGAAAAACCACAGCAUCAUUCUUUCUGCACCAAACCCAGAAGGAAAAAUAAAAGAAGAGCUUGAAGAUCUGAACAAAGAAAUCAAGAAAACUGCUAACAAAGUUCGCACCAAGUUAAAGUCAAUUGAACAAAGCUUUGAUCAGGAUGAGAGUGGGCACCGGACUUCCGUGGAUGUUCGGAUACGAAGAACCCAGCAUUCAGUUCUAUCUCGAAAGUUUGUGGAAGUUAUGACAGAAUAUAAUGAAGCACAGACUCUGUUUCGGGAGAGAAGCAAAGGACGUAUACAGCGUCAGUUAGAAAUAACUGGAAAAACUACGACUGAUGAUGAGCUAGAAGCGAUGCUGGAAAGUGGGAACCCGUCCAUUUUCACUUCAGAUAUUAUAUCUGAUUCACAAAUUACUAGACAAGCUCUCAAUGAAAUUGAGUCACGUCACAAAGACAUCAUAAAACUGGAGACCAGCAUCCGAGAGCUGCAUGAAAUGUUUGUGGACAUGGCCAUGUUUGUUGAGACUCAGGGUGAAAUGAUCAACAACAUAGAAAAAAACGUUAUGAAUGCUGCAGACUACGUAGAACAUGCUAAGGAAGAAACGAAGAAAGCUAUUAAAUAUCAGAGCAAAGCGAGAAGGAAAAAGUGGAUAAUUGUUGCUGUGUCGGUGUUUCUGGUUGCUGUAAUUGCUCUAAUUAUUGGUUUAUCAGUUGGCAAAUGAUGCGGAUAACGUCAGUGUGUGUGCCUGUCUGCCGGCGCGGCAAAAAUGAUGUUCGUUAUUAUUUGUGUGAUUAUUUUGCUUGUGGUCCUUGGAAUUAUCCUAGCAACAACACUGUCAUAGCAACCAUAGCCCAAGACCCUGGCAGUGAGACCACAUGUGCAGGAGAUCAGCAUCCUUCCCGCCCACGAGUGAAUCCUCGACGUUGUGACACGUGGCACAGAGUGCUGGCUUUUUAUUAGUGAAUUCAAGGAGAAAACACAACAGAAUGUAUUGUUCAGUGAAAAAGCCAUAAGCAGAAUGGAUGUGAUGAGUUAACCCAAACAUCCUUGGACUCUAAAUAACACUUCACGAACCUUUAACAAUGUGAAACUUGUUUCAAUGGCCUUAAAAUAAGGAAUUAUUGAAAAUUUCAAUUUUUAUAUUUCAGUGUUAAAAAUAUCUGUAUGGAAAGUUUAAUUAGGAAUAUUUUGUGUUACAGAACUAUUAGAUUUCAGGUCUAGACUUUCUUCCCCGCCCUUUUCCCAGCUAACAAGCUAAUUAAGAGACAUUUUUUGUACUAUGUUUAAGUCGUGUUUAUUGUUUGCAAAAAUAAUUUUUAUUAUCACAGAGCUGUUUUGUAAGAUAUCUAUAAUUUGAAAUGUUUAUAAAUUAAUUGUUUAAUAUAUUAACAUCUUAAUUUACUGCAUUUUUAUAUACUCGAUACCGCCUUUUCAAAGAAAUAGGGAGCUUCAUGGUAUUAGAGCCAUCUUGGCACAGUUGUUUACAGUUUGCCAUUGGCGUGGAAAACGUUAGUUGCAAAGCACCCCAAAAAGCCUUUAAAGUGCCUUCUGUUAGUACGGGUUUAUAAGGUUUAAACGCACCUGCUGCCUCCAAAAAAGUCUCAUUCUAUGCAGCUCCAUUUCUACCUGUUCCGUUACCCAAAUAAUAAAUUAGUCACCGCACUGUAAAGACAAUGAUCUCUUCUUUGUUCAUCACAUAAGGUUUGUGUUUCCCUGUUUACUUUAAUUAAGUCUGAAUUGAAGAUGGUGAUAACACCAAGAUUUCAGAUGGUAGUAAACCAAGAUUUACUACUUUCUAAACUCAAGGAAAUUAUUCCCAGACAUUUAGUAAUUCUUUUAAAUUUAAAUUGUUGUAUAGAUCCCUUCAGUGUUCCUGUUAAGCACCUACUAUUCUGCUGAACUUUAAAAGUUAAUCCCAACGUUUAUAGGAAUCUGUGAUAAUUAAACAUUUUUAUUGCUCAUUAGUGUUUUUUAUUACAAUAAUGUGCUUUAGACUUGUAAAAUGUAUGAAAUCUUGCUAGUGAAUGGACAUCUAUAAGGUAGCAACUAAUCAAAACUUUAAAUGAAUGUGAAGGAUACCCAAAAUAUAGUUAACUCUUGUUAUUCUGUACGUGGUUGUAUAAGCAUGUGACUGCAUUGUAACACGGUUUGGUUUGAAAACUCAUCGAUAUGCUUGAUUCCAAACAAGUGAGAGUUAUAGCAAACAGUUUAGAAGCUGUGUUCCUCAUUUAAUACAAUUAUGAAUUCCAGUCAUUCAUAAUUUACACAUUUAACUGCUUAGCUUAAAGUCUGUGUUUGUGCAUCUUAUUUACUUGCUGAUCACUGUGUACUCAGUUACCCUAGGAGAUUUAAAAAUCUUUCAAUAGUCUGUCAGCGGGAUGUGCUCACGGAUGCGUGCUCACGUUGCAGAUGUAACUUGUCCUGAAGGAUAUCUGAUCACUUAGAGAUCAUGCUUGUGCCUUGUACCUUUUCCACACCCACUUGUCUGUGUAAUUAUGUCACCUGGAGAGGAGCUUUGUGCUGAUGACCUGUCUCCAUUGUCCCACUUUCUCUUCAAGUUCGGUCUGUUAGUCCUCACCUUUCAUAAUAAUUAUUGUAUUUUUUCAAGUCAUUUUUUCUAGAUUUGAAAUACUUACUGAAUUUGUGUUUUUAUAGUUGAAGUUAUGGAAAUACUUUUGGAUUUCUAUUUGGAUAGUUAAAUCAUUCCUUAGAUAACACAUUUGUAUUUCUAAGUCUCGUACUUAUUUGAAAUCAGAUUUUUAAAAUAUAUUUUACAGGUCCAUUUGUUACCUUUUAUUAUUUCUUCAAAUAUUUCAUGUUUACAUUAAAAAAAACUCCCCAAGAACCCAAAGAUAAAGUUAACUUUCUGCCUUGUCAUUUCUGGAAAGGUAUUUGGGGAGGUAUUUUAUUGCAUAUCCACUAAU